GCCACGGUAAACUGGUUACUGCCCACUCAUCAUUGUGUUCAAAUCCCGUAGUCUACACUACGCAGUACUCGGGAAUGAUCGACGACACAGUGGAUGCGCUCACGAGUCGCGCCGACGCGCCAGCUCAACAAGUCACUAGCCAUGGCAUGCUUCCGCAACGCCGGGGUGCCAAGAAGCCAUGAUAAAAGGCCAGCCGCGGCACGUCGCUAGCCUCCCCCCAACACGCCACAAUACCUAUGGUACAAGAUGGCCGACACCAUAAAGAAGAACAUCGCGAUAGUGGUAGGUGGCUACUCGGGCGAGUAUGACGUAUCCAUCAGCACCGGCAACGCCAUCUACGCCAACGUCGACCGUGCCAGAUACAACCUCUACAAGAUCGUCAUCCCCCGCAACCCCAAGGCCGGCUGGUACCACCUGACCGACAAUGACAAACAAAUCCCCGUGGACCGCAACGACUUCAGCGUCACCCUCUCAACCGGCGAAAAGAUCCAGUUCGACCUAGCCUACAUCAGCAUCCACGGCAACCCAGGCGAGAACGGCGUGCUGCAGGGCUACUUCGACAUGCUCGGCCUCCCCUACACAAGCUGCGGCUUCUACACCUCGGCUCUAACCGCCAACAAGGGCCACUGCAACCCCGUGGUCCGCAGCUUCGGCGUCGUGGAGGUGGCCAAGUCCCGCCUGCUUCAUCGCAACCAAAUCAGCGCCCUCGACCCUGAAGCUCUGCUGUUCGAGUUCGACCUGCCCGUCUUCGUCAAGCCCGCGUCAGGAGGCAGCAGCGUGGCUACCACCAAAGUCAAGAGCAUCGAGCAGGUGGUCCAGGCGGUCGAAGACGCCAUGCGCGAGGACGGCAACGGCCAGGUGCUGGUGGAGGAGUUCAUCGAGGGCCGCGAGUUCAACUGUGGCGUGAUUCGCGAUGCGGAAGGCUGGCUGCACGUGUUCCCCAUUACCGAAGUCAUCCCCCACGGCGACAGCGAGUACUUUGACUACAAUGCCAAGUACAAUGGGUCGUCGAGCAAGGUGACGCCUGCCGAGGUGGAGACGCAGGUCAGCGACCGCAUCAAGGAUACAUCGACGAUGCUGUACGAUCUCCUGGACUGUCGUGGCGUAGUACGCUUCGAUUACAGGUAUAACCCCGAGCUGUAUGCGUUGUACUUUCUUGAAGUCAACACGAUACCUGGUCAGACGCCGGAGAGCAUAGUACCGCAGCAGGCGCGCGCCGCGGGUAUCAGCACUGCUGACCUCUAUCAUAUGGUGAUCGAGUGUGCCCUGGCGGCGGCAUCGCGAUGAGCCACAGAUACCCGGCACGUAGGUAGUAAAAGACAGUUCUUGUGCCAGCCUAUAUCUCCCGCUUUGUUAUAUUCACUUGCUUUUCUCGACCGGUAGAAAGAGAGCAGGAAUGAAAAAUACUGUAUUAAUGUACCUCGCCUCCCACCAAGGGCACAGUUUCUACCUCGCAGAAUAUUGGAAUGGCACUGGCGCUACGUCUACUCCGAAGAAGAAACACCACCAAACACCCUCCGCUUAAUCACGACCCUCACUUCCUCCUUCGGCUUCACCGGCCCCGGACCACCCACCAUCUCCGGUACCGUCCAUUCACCACCCCCGACAGGACUGAUAUCCCACAGCGUCACCAGCGCCGCGCCAAUAGCCAUGAGCUCCUUCUCAGCAAACACCCUUCCUCUGCACAUACUCGCCCCGGCGCCCCACGGCCUCAGCUUUCCGUACUUGGCGACCAAUUUACCGGACGAAGGAUCCGUCUCGAGGAAACGAUCGGGGACGAACUUGUGUGGGUCAGGGUACAAGGACGGGUCCCGCUGGAAGAAGGAGUGGGGGACGGAGAGGAAGGUUCCUGGAUAGAGUUUGUGAUUAUGGUUGCCGUCUUGGACGGUAAUGGGGCGUUUGACGAAGCGAGUUGACACUGCGCCGAAUGCCAGGCGGAGGGUCUCUAGGAUGA